UGACCAGAGAGUCCCCAGCAUAUUUAGAAAUCACUGUCCUUUCUGAAAACAGAAUGCAGCUCUGGAGUUGUAAACGGAGUCAUUAUGAAUGUCCUUCUACUUGUGAUAUGUAGCCAAUGGGGACUGAAUCCCAUUCCAGAGGACUACCCGACAGGAUUUUUUCAUUGCGAGGCAUUGCAAGAUUCUAAAUAGCCUUACAUACAUUUCUAAAAAGUGGAUCCGACCUACUCAGCAUGCCACUUUAAAUGACAAAACAGACUCACAAAAUGAGCAGAUCUCAAUCCCAAAGGAGAAGCCAUGAAACCCAGAAUUUGAUGGGAACUUUGGAAUGGAUUGGUUCCUGUGGUUUUCCGAUAGAACUGCAGCACAACUGUUCUGGAGGCCAGCCAGUGUCUCAGCUCCCUGACGUGAUCUGACUGGAAAGCGGGGGACCCAUCUUCCUGGAGGUUCGGGCGCUAAGUGGAUUGAAGACGGCAGAGAGCAAGGGAUGAAGGGAAGGAGGAGGAUGAGGGAAGACAGAAGGAGGGAUUAACAGCUAAUCCAGCGUACGGCCAAUCCCAGAGGAGCCUCUUUGCGCCCUAGCGAGGCGCAGACAAAACAGCCGCUCGGAUUACGCCACUCUGCUUUAUUGUCUUUUUUUAAGAAAAGCCUUCUUUUAGGGGGGGGGCGGGUGUUUGUUUUCUCUGUCUCUGGGUGCCGGGUGUCCCUUGGAGGGGCUGUGUAGCCCAGGAUCAGGAGCAGCAGGCCUGAGGAGAGGGCAACGGCAGGACAUCCCACUGACUGUGUGGUCCCACACACGGAUAAACGUCUUUAGCGGGAGAUGACAAAACCUAGAGUGGACCCCCUGCCCUGACAGCCUGCGACAAAAACAGAGAAGUGCAGACCGCUCUUUUGGAUAUCACUACACUGUGUAUGGGUGAUACUUGAUAUGAAGGACUAACUCGGAUCAAGCAACAGGUUGGAGGUACCUUCUUUGCUGUUUGUCUGAUGAACGGUAGAUUACAGUGGCGCAUGAGGUGAGAUUGAUCCUAAAGCAGCCAGAUUACAAGGCAGUUUCCUAAGGGACUUAUUUAAAAGUUCAAUACUUUUGGUAACCAGAAAACCUUGGUUGAUUACCAGAAGGUUCAUAGGGGUGACUUUGGUGAUGCACGUGCUUCAGAAGGAGUGCAGAAUGAGUUUGUCUUCCUGUUUUACGAUGCUGCACUGAAGGUUGGAUGCUGACUUCCAGACAGACAGCUCUGAAAGGCAGACCCCAGGCACAUCAGGAGGAAUACAGCUGCUGAUUGACCCUGGUGGCGAGUAGUGAAAGCACAAGGAGAGAAUCAGGUGGGAAUAAAAGGUGUUUUAAAAGCAAGUUAAUCCAAUUACUCUCGCUUUAACAAGUUAUUUAUAAACACCUCCCAGCAAGUGUGACAGGCAGGUCACAGGGAGGCACAUAGCUUAAACACAGCCUGCUUAAUAUCUAUCACUCACCUCAACUGAUAUCUACAGUACACUCUGCCAAGGCCUGCAGGAAUUUUUACUAGGUUUGGAAAAAGCGGAAAUAUUUAUUCUGGUUUUACGAGGAUCUCGUAAACGCUCUGGAGAAGUGAUUAGCGUCUAGACUGGUAGGACCUCUGUUAACUGUUUGUAAACAUGAGCUUGGAUGGCUGGUAUAGAUCCUGGGGUUACCUGGUGAGACAGCUGUUCUUCCAGUCUGCAUAGAAAGACCCCCUUGUGUCCUACAUUCUUCUCGGCCUUUGAGUUGGUUCUGAGAAGGAAGAAAUACGCCUAAGAAAUAAGCCUGAAAGCUUUCUGUAAGAUGUCAUUCCGGAAGGUUAAGUUAUCUUUAGGUUACUAAAGAGGCAGGACGCAUUUAAGUUGCGUAGUUUGGUAUGUUUUUUAGGACUGAGAUUGUUUUAGUUGGAAUUAUUCACAGGUAGGAGCCUGCCAGCAGGGAAAUGCAUGAUUGUGUUGUUGUUGCUCACAACCAGAACGCCAAUACAGACUAACGACCAGGCUCCAAUCCAAACCGUGAAGAUAAAAUCAAGCUGAAUGACUUUUUCUUGCGGAAUGUUUAUAGUUCCCCUGUCUUUCCCGUCUCUGACACAGAGAGGGUGGAUUCUCUAGGUCACUGAGUAGGGCUAAAAAGUAUAUAGUUUGAGGCUGAAAACUGGACGUGUAUUUCUGAACAUUCACGAACCCAGAUCUGAAAACAGCUCCCCAGCUGUGGAACCACAGAGGCCCGCGGUCAGAAGAGCCGACCUUGGAAUGUGUCAUAUCUCCUCUUUUUUCUCCUCACUCCGUUGUGAAUGAGGACACAAUCUUUGUAAAGUUGAGUGGUCAUUCUGGAGAAAAACAAACAACUUGGAAAGAGAGAGAGAGGAAUCCAUUUUGAAUAUUGACUGACUUUACAUCCUGCCAUCCUUCAGCACCAAAACGUGUGGAACAUCCAGAAGAGGAACUGCAGCCCAACUCUGUAUGAAUGGUUGGCACUUGUCGUGUGGAGAAUGGAUUCUACACACAUUCUCACCACAUAAAACAAUCAGAGAUCUGUAUUCUCUGUCCUAGGAAUCCCAGCCCUGUUAAAGUGACUUUUUUUUAUCCCCCAACGCUUUGUCAGUGGACCUUUCACUGGAAAUCAAACCUCCUGAUUUGAAUUGAAGGGAAAUUGUGCUUAUUAUUGUUGAGGACAACAUGAGUCUGGGCAAAAUGCCAGGGAUCAAGGGCCUGGUCUCUGGCUCUCAGGGGAAGCGUCGCUUUAAGAGCGACCUCUCAGUCGACAUGAUCAGCCCUCCUCUCGGCGACUUCCGUCACACCAUGCAUGUGGGCCGCGGCGGAGACGUGUUUGGAGACACCUCCUUUCUUAGCAACCAUGGUGGCAACGGGGAGACGGGAGAUCCCGAUUCGCCCACCAGCGGCUCCAAGACCACCCGUUUCUUGUCGCGCACCUUGCGCCACGUUCGCAAGACACCAGCGCCACGUCCAAGAGGCGGUUCCCGCGACCUUUCACCCCCGCCACCGCCCGUCUCACCCAUCAUCAAAAACGCCAUCUCGCUGCCCCAGCUGAAUGUGGACUUUCCCAACGGCCGCCUGCAGAGGGUGCUGUUCCCCAGCUCUGCCAGCUCCCCAGGGGACUCCUGUUGCUAUGGUCUGCAGUCCGGUUUCGUCACGCUCCCCCGUCUCUCCCGCCUGGACAGACAGCUGGACGAUGGAGACAACCGCCGUGGCUCCCUCACGGAAAAUGGGGACUUCUUGAUGACGCGCUCCGACUCCUUCACCUCCUUGACCUCCUUCACCGUCGACCUGGGCCCUUCCCUCAUGAGCGAGGUGCUGGGCUUGAUUGACAGUCCCAGCGGCCUGCAGAUGACCAGUAACAGUUGGCUGCAGGAGGACAAGGAGGAGGAAGAAGAGGAGGAGGAGGAGCAGAGCUCCGUGUUUGAGAUGGCGGUUGAGAGCCCCACGCUGAGCUCCCCCAACCCCUCCAUGGGGAGCACGCCGGUCAGGGCGCAUCCCAACCACAGGGGGCGCUUUUGUAGCUCGGAGUCGACAGAGCACGAGGAGGACGGCAGGUCUCUCAAGACGCCAGACGCGUCCAUGGGGUCGCCGGUACGGGUGGAACCCACCAUGGAGGCAGAGAGGUUCCAGAGGGCGGCGGACGUGCUGGCGCGUCACUAUGGGGGCGGGUCCUUCUCCAGGGGGAGGAGUCCCAGCGAGGAGGGCUGCGGGUCUGAUUCAGCGUCCAGUGCGUCUUCCCUGCACGGCCAUAAGGCUCCGUACGCCUUCCCUGAUGAGGAGGAGGAGAUUAAAGUAUAAAUGUCAAUGUUAUAUGUUUAAGAGCAGUAAGGAAACGUUUCACUUUUGUAUUCACACUACAAGAAGACUGUUGAAUCUUGACACAUAACAAUCGUGAAGAAAUCUAGUUUUUUAAUAACUUUUUGUAAUCUGCAUAACUGUGUUUUAUUACCCCCAAUACCAUCAAAAAACAGGCUGACCUUGAAUCUUCAAAUCCUAAUGGAUGCGUAAAACCUUGUUGCAUGAGAAGAACAUUUUAAGAAGUGUUUCUACAGCAAGAACCACGCAAAGUGGGUUAGCCCAGACCAACAUGAUGACACAAAAUUUAAUAAAAUCUAUAUGUAUUGUAAAAUUACAAUAAACUAACCCCAUUCAUAAUCUGAAUUUUAAUAAUAUUUUUUAACCAACAUUGCAGACUCUCAUAUGAAGAAUAAAGUUUAAGGAAGAAUUUUGUGCAAGAAGUAUAGAAAGGAAGAAUACUGUUAUCUAAAUGUAAAGAAAAUCCCUAUAUCUUUGACAAAAAAUUAAAAGGGAAAUCAAAUGUAUCUGUAUCAAGAUUGUAAAAACGUCAAAAGACAACAUAGAGUGAUGUAGUAGCUGUUCUUUAGAUUUUAGUUUAAGUAGACCUGACAGCACACUUGUGAUUUUUCAUUUUGAGUUUCUGGACCACAACAUGCACAUCAAUAUUCAUUAGAUCCAAGAUCAACAGUUCAUAAAGAUUUGUCUUUUCAAAAAACAUACAGUAGAUAGGGAAAGUAGGUAAGGUUUACCCUGAACCAUAAUAAACCUGUACAGUACAUUCUGUAUAACCACCCAUAAUGCUGAUCGAGAUGGCCUCAAGCAUGGGCUAUAUGUAUAUUUUCAGUGUUACUAUGUCCAUUUAGGUGUGGAUUGAGUAGGUCUAUGUAUAUAUUCUAGGUGGAAGCAGACAUUGUUUUGUAAAGUUUGAAUGUAUCAUAGGACUGUUGAAGGAAAUCAAAUAAUUGGAUAUUCAUGUUUUUAAAUAUAUAGGAGCAUGUACUGACCUGAUGUCUAUGUAACGUACACAUGUGACUACUGUAUGUGGAGCAUUUACACAUAAUAGCAGUUAUAAUCCCAACAAAGCAUACCCAUUUAAUUAAAUAAUGUUUUCAUAA